UACAUGCAAAACAAAAUGGAAGAGUAUAGUAAGACACGUGCGACCUAUGCGACAUAGCGAACGUAUGCAUUAUGGAUCCGAAAGAUUUAUAAGUUACAUCGCAAGACACGUUCAAUGAAAUUUUAUAUUAUAAUGUCGUAUUUAUUUAUUGAUACUUAUAUGUCUUGAUAAAAGACAUUUUAUAAAAUUUGUGAUUAUUAUGUAUAUUAGAGGUUAUGUGUGAUGUACUGUGCUUAAAUAUCAUUGUAGCAUCAUUGUAAAAAACUUUUUAUAUCUCUUCGUGCUGUUAAUUGAUUUGUAAUAAUUAAAAAUGUCUUCUGACAAGUCUGACGAUGCAAGCAAUUCACUUCCACCAAAUAUCCAAAUAAAGGUAGAACCUGGGACAUCUUUGCCUGUACCUAUACAAAACAUUAAAACAGAACCUGGUUUAUCAACUACUACUAGAUUAACUUCUUUCCGAUUGCCAAGAGAUUUAACAUUGGGGGGUAACAUUAAGACUGAGAAAUCCAAGAAAGUAUAUAUACCAAAUUUAAAUGCUCAGAGAACUAAGAAAAAAGAAGACUCGACGCAAAAUGAUUCUGCAAAGACAAGUAGAGAUAGAGACCAUAAUAGAGGACGUGGCAGAGGUAAUACAGAUAGAGGACGCGACAGAGGACGUGGGAGGGGAUCUAGCAAUCUGAUUCAAUCUAGUGGUAUUUGGUCCACUGGAAUAGUGAGUACACCAGGAAAACGCUAUAGCGGUGGUUGUAGGGAUAGUGAUAGAAGUGCUCAAGUAUGUCUAGAGAAACCAAAAUUAGAAUUGAACCGUAGUAUUGAUAAAGCUGAAGAAGAAGAAAAAGUAAAGUUACUGCUAAGAGAUGAUUUCGUCGAUGAUGGAGAACCUAUAAACUUUGAUAAUGGACCAGUUAUUUUGCCAAUGAUCAAAGGAAAGUUAUACAAGGAGGACACUAAAGUAUCAAUUGAAAAAGAAGAGGAAGAAGAAAUAGAUAGGAAACCCAUUAUUUUGGAAAAUGGGGAGGUGUUACCACCAAAGAAGGAACAUAAACUUAAGAUACCCAAAUCUGAUGUAGAAACAAAAGAUGAAUUUUUAGAAAGCAUUCCCAAGAUUAUUGAAAAUAAAGCAAAUUCAUAUAUUUUAAUGCAGUUUCCAGAUUGUUUACCAGGUUUAGUAGGUGGUGCAGAAGACACUAGACCAACUCGAUCAAAUAAUGCAAAUUACGAAAAGGAGAAUGAAAGUAAACAACAAACAGAAUUUUGUACUUUAAAUAGUUUAAAACCUGGUAUUUUAGGGAAGUUACAGAUAUUAAAAUCGGGUAAAGCACGCUUAUUACUGGGAGAAAAUAAUUUAACUGUUGAUGUUGGGUCACAUCUUAGUUUUCGACAUGAUCUUAUUGCCGCAAAAGUGGAUACCGAAAAUUUAAUCGGUGAUCUUAUUAAUUUAGGUCCAGUAACCAGUACGCUGAUAUGUUCGCCUGAUUGGGAAUCAAUGCUAGCCAAAUUAUAAAUAAAUUUUUAAUAUGAAUGGAUCUUAUUACAUACUCUUUAUUAUGUGGAAUAUUUGUAAAUGUAAUGAAAGUUAAUGUUAUUUAAGAUACAAAAAGCGAAUUUUUCAAAAAUCAUGUAUUUUCAAUACUACAGUAUACGUGAAAGUCAUAUCACGUACAAAUCCACUAGUAAUUCAUACACCUAAAUAAAUUUACAGUAAUUGUA